AUGUACUGUGCCAGUGCUAGCCACUGUUCCAGUUUGCCUGCCCAGAAGAAGUCCAUGGGAUCAUGGAAAUGGGUAUUAUACUGGUCCUUUUUGAAAGAGAUCAAUGAGAACCAUCUGAACCUGGUAUUUAAUGCCAUGAUCAAGGAAGAAACUGAAUUCCUUGAUCUGGUAAUCAGAAGACAGAAUAACAGAUUUGUCUGUAAUACCUUUUUUAAGCCGACGAAUAAAAAUAGCUUCAUCCAAUAUUCCAGCUGCCACCUCCCAAGAUGGCUUGACAAUAUUCCCACUGGCCAGUUUCGGAGGAUCAGGAGGAAUUGUACGGAAGAUCUACGUUUUGAGGAGGAGGCAGCUGGAAUGCGACAACUGUUCCGGGAGAAGGAAUAUCCGGAUGAGGUGGUUGAAAAAGCCCUGGAAAGAGUUAAAAAACUAGACAGACAAACCUUUUUCGAUAACCAGGUUGAAAUUAAGAAAAAAUCUCGGACAAGUGAAGAGAUGAACAAUAGGAUCAUCCUUCCCUUUAAUGAUGACCAUAGAAAAAUACAAAAAAUAGUGAAGACACAUUGGCAUCAUAUACUGAAUGAUAAGUUCACGUUCAAUAAGACAGGUGUUAAAUUCCAUGUAAAUUCCAGUUCAGGUGGUGAGCAGCUGCUUCCUAAAGAAGUUUUUUCAGAAAGACAUCUGAUGGUAAACCUCUAUUCGGCAAAAGAAAAUAAGCUGUUAAAAUAUGCCAGAGCAAAAAGAUCCCUGGAUAUAGAAAGUUACUGUACCACAAAUGGCUGUUGUGACAGUAGAAAUGAUGACUGCAAUCUAUUCUACAUUGGGAAAAAUGCAACAUGUUACUGUGACACCUUUUGUGACCAGGAACCGUUGGGACAUGUAGACUGCUGUCCAGACUUCUGGACCACUUGCAUUGGACAGAAUCUAGAAGAGCCUUCUACAACGAAUGCCCCCUCCACUUUAUUCCCUGGAACCUCUGAUAUACAGGGAUGCUUUAAAGGUGGAUCCUAUUAUGAAGAUAACUCAAUAUGGAAAGACAACUGUAAUUACUGUUAUUGCUAUGAGAAACAUUGGAGAUGUACAGACCAUACCUGUCUUGUUGAGCCAGAAUUGAUUAACUUCAUUAAUAAAGGAGACUUUGGAUGGAAAGCAGACAACUACAGCCAAUUUUGGGGAAUGACUUUAAGGGAAGGAUUUGAAUACCGAUUGGGUACUAAACCUCCAUCUCCUUCACUCCUCAGUAUGAAUGAAAUGACACAUCGCGUAUCUCCAGAUGAAGAAUUCCCAGUGUUUUUCAUAGCUUCCUACAAAUGGCCUAAUUAUAUUCAUCGACCUUUGGAUCAAAAGAAUUGUGCUGCAUCGUGGGCAUUUUCUACAGCAAGUGUUGCAGCAGAUCGAGUUGCAAUACACUCUCAAGGUCGUCAUACUUCAAAUCUGUCUCCUCAAGAUUUUAUCUCUUGCAAUGUUCACAAUCAAUAUGGCUGUAGAGGAGGACACGUAGACGGUGCAUGGUGGUUCCUGAGAAAACGUGGGCUGGUCUCCCAUGAAUGUUCUCCCUAUAAUAUGUAUGAUAAUACUAAUGUAUACAAUACCUGCAACAUCUUAACCACUACUGAUAAGUAUGGGAAAAGUCAUGCAACAAAUCCAUGUCCAAACCAUCUAGAAGAUUCCAACUACAUGUACCAGUGCAGCCCCCCUUACAGAAUACCUUCCAAUGAAAGAGAAAUCAUGAAGGAAAUCAUGGAAAAUGGUCCAGUGCAAGCUGUAAUGGAAGUUCAUGAAGACUUCUUCCUUUAUAAAACUGGAAUCUAUAAAUAUAUAGGCAUGAGAAAGAAAUCUGAGAAAAAUGGCACACAUUCAGUUAAGAUUAUUGGAUGGGGUUCUCUACAAGGCCCGAAUAAGGAAAAAUUCUGGAUUGUGGCAAAUUCAUGGGGAAAAACUUGGGGAGAAAAUGGAUAUUUCAGAAUUAGUCGAGGAGAAAACGAAUGUGGUAUUGAAAGCUUGAUAAUAGGAGCUUGGUGCCACACCAUGGAAUAA